UUGCAGUCGGUGUAUGCCUCUCGCACAAAACCUUCGAUGCAUCUACUACCAGUACUCUCCAAGAGAUUCGUUUUCCACGGCAAGGCUAUUGCUACUCUAAGGGCAGAGGAAAAAGAGAAGGUUUGGACAAUCCAAGUAGGGUAGAAACACACUAUUCUUUCAUUUGGAAAUCUUGUACGGAGGCUUCAAUGUUCCUAUCUGCUUCACCAAGGUUGUCUGUGUCUAUCCAUCAAGUCAAUAUACGACAAAGAAUAGAACCUAGUUUCUCAAGGAACUCUGCUGGAAAUCUCGGAGACCAGGGAGUUGCAAGCUACGACUUGCCUGACGAAAGAUAA